AUGAUUCUACCAUUAGCUCUCGCGGAACAAUUGGCCCUUCAAGAGGCGCAUCGAGCACUCGAGCAUCUCGAAGAAUACCACUCUCGACUGACUCGAGGCGAAGAUGAUAUUCGAUUUCCGAUCGAAAGAAUUAUCGAUGCAUUCAAGAAGGGACUUUUCCAUGCCCUAAUUGAUGUGCAAGAUUUUUACGAAGGCACAUUGCUGAGCAAGACGAAGUCUCACCCCCAAAAAGUGGCCGAAGCCGUUCGUCUGGCCGAGCUGUGGGAACGCCAUGCUCCUUUGCCAUCGAGUCGCACUCAACAAUAUGUGCCCACGGCCGCUGCCCCAGUUACAACGGCGUUCCAAGACCGUGGCGGCUUCAGCUUCUUGGACCAGAGCACGACACCCUACAACAAUGGCCACACCAGCCACUCAUCAUACACGCUCCAGGAAAAGUCCAGAACUUUGACGAACGAUGGUUGGCACACGACCGAAACGACCACCCGCACCAUGGACGGGCCAGCCGGGCGCUACACCCAGACGACUACUAAGACGAUUGCCCACGACGAACUGGGUCGAGCCUGGGAGUACGAAGACAUCGUUCUUGAGAAGGGCGGAACCGGGCUUGGUUUCUCGAUCACUGGUGGACUUGACCAGCCAGCCGAUGAUGGCGAUCCGGCCAUUUUGGUUACCGAUAUUAUUCCCGGGGGAGCUUCGGCUGCCGAUGGCAGGAUGAGGCGCAAGGACGCCAUCGUCAAGGUCAACAACAUCGACUGCGUUAACGUGCCACAUGAAGUUGCCGUUAAUGCGCUCAAGAACGCCGGAAACGUCGUCAAGCUCACGCUCAAGCGCCGUCGUGAAGAUCGCGAUGGUGCUCUAGGCUCACGUGCGGCUUCACUGACCCAUUUGGCACAGGACAUCAAUGGGUCCUUGGCCCCUGGGUAUCCACCACCGCCGCCACCAGCUCAUUCUUCAUUCACGCAGAUCCCGGUAUCGCGGGUUUCCGCGGAGAUUGAUCGCCUCGAGCGUAUCCCGGGAAUACAUAAGAUCGACUUGUACAAGGGAGCGCGCGGCCUCGGCUUCAGCAUCGCCGGAGGGGUCGGCAACGAACACGUGCAGGGCGAUCCCGGCAUCUAUGUCACCAAGAUCAUCGAUGGUGGCGCCGCGCAACACGACGGUCGCUUGGCCGUUGGCGACAAAAUUAUGGCUGUCGACGAAACGCCAUUGGAGAACGUCUCCCAUGAAUACGCAGUCAACGUGCUGAAGAACACCGGCACCAAGGUGACUCUCCUCUACAUGAAAAGCCCACACCCAGCAUUAACUGGCUAUCUGGCGGACCCACAAAUCAACUACCCCCCACGAACCAACUCAGUUCCUAACAUCACUGACCCACACAAUCGGUCGUUCGGUUCUCAAUCGGUGCUCAACUACUCGCAGCCGGCCUCGAUGCACGAGAGCUAUCAUCGUUCACCUGGCGUCGUUGCUCAAGAGCCGAUCCCCAGCUACCCCAGGCCGGUCCCCUUGAUGAAGGGCAACCAAGGCCUCGGCUUCAACAUCGUUGGCGGUGAGGAUGGAGAACCCAUCUACAUCAGCUACGUCCUCCCGGGCGGCGUCGCCGACCUCUCGGGCAGCGUCAAGAAGGGCGAUGUUCUGCUAGCUGUCAACGGCGUUAGCCUUCAGAAUGCUACACAUCAACAAGCGGCUGAAGCAUUAAAGAAUGCUUCGAAUCCCAUCACGCUUACCCUUCAUUAUAGACCAAUUGAAUACGAUAACUUCGAGCGAAAAAUCGAACAACUCCGUCAAGACAUGAUGAAGGGAAACGCUGGGGCGCCGGCUAAACUCUCCUAUGUCAGGGCAUUGUUUGACAAUGAUCCUGCCAGAGAAGGGGGCCAGCCGGCGCGUUCGAUGCCGUUUCGGCACGGUGACAUUCUCCAUCUAACAAAUACCGCCGAUGAUGAUUGGUGGACGGCGAGAAAGGUGGAAGAUAAUGGAAAUGAGGGACCGGAAGGCGUGAUUCCAUCCCAGAGAAGGGUUGAGAAGCGAGAACGAGCACGCAGGAAGCAGGUUAACUUCAACCAAGGCUCACAAUCCCUUGGUCGGGGUGGCCUCGAAGGACGUCGUGGCUCCAAAUCCCAACUUUCAUUCUCCCGCAAAUUCCCCUUCUUCAAGAGCACAGACCGACUCGACGAGCUCGCCAACCAAGAAAUGGGUUCCGGUGAAGAGCCAAUUCUGUCCUACCAGGUCGUGGAGCAACAACAGCUGAACUACGUCCGGCCUGUUAUUAUUCUGGGAGCGUUGAAAGACCGCAUCAACGAUGAACUUGUCAAGCGAUUCCCGGAUCGAUUCGGAAGUUGCGUACCGCACACUUCUCGACCACCUCGUGCCGAUGAGCAGAACGGACGUGACUAUCAUUUCGUCUCAAAACAUCAGAUGGACGAGGAUGUCAAGAACAAUCUGUUCAUCGAAGCUGGGCAGUUCCAGGAAAACCUCUACGGCACUUCCAUCCAAUCUGUGCGUGAAGUAGCCAAGAGCGGUCGCCACUGUAUCUUGGACGUCUCCGGAAAUGCGAUCAGGCGCUUGCGGAAUGUGGCAAAUAUCCAGCCAAUUUCGAUCUUCAUCAAGCCGGACAGCCCAAGCCAGAUCCUGGAAUGUGACGACGUCAGCCACGAAGAAGCGCAGAUGCAGUACCAGCGUUGCCAGCGCAUUGAGGCUUCUUAUGGCGAUUUAUUCAAUCACGUCAUCAGCCAAUUCCACACCUUCGAUGAAGUCCUCGGCCGUGUCCACGCGCUGAUCGCCCGCGAAUCCCAUCCCGUUGUCUGGGUCUCAUCAUACCGAACCCUC